GCGAGGCUGAACGGAAGUCACUUUAAACCUUCUCACCUCAAGUCUUAUUUCUUACCAACAUGCUCGAAAGAAACAAUACCGGUACUGGUAUCCAGCUAAGGUCAUCAUCCAGGAGUGUAAAAAUACCUCAUGUAAGCGGCUUAUGAACCCCUAUUGUUCUUCUAUCCCAGUUCACUUACCUAUUCCGUGGAACAUUUUCACCAUCCUCUCCAAUUUGCCUUCAUUUAUCACCCUAGAAUAAAAUUGACACCAGGAUAUCAACAUUUACUGCUGAGACGGUAAAAGCACACCCACCCUUUUACAAUGGCCGUCUUAAAAGUGACAUUCACGAAGACAAAUAGAGACAAAUUGGCGCAGGUUUUAUGGGUGUUGAACUGUGUGUCUGUGGUAACAGGAGUUACUCUCUUCAGUCUGGGCCUGUUCCUAAAAGUGGAGAUCGAGAAGCGCCGUGAGCUGAUGUCAAAGGAGAUCGACUCAGUGCCAAACAUGCUUAUCUCCGUCGGUCUGAUUGCCUGCGCGGUUAACUUUUUAGGGGGAAAGAUCUGCUACGACUGCGUGGACACCACCAAAUUCCUGCGAUGGAAGCUGCUGAUGCUGCCUUACAUCAUUUGUACAUUUUUCUUCACAUUUUGCAUCCUCGUGGGGGCCCUCAUGUGCUAUAGCAUGCGCAAUGACCUGGAGGAGUCGCUGUUUCAGGGCUUGCGCGACGCCAUGCGGUACUAUAAGGACACAGACAUGCCAGGCCGCUGUUACAUUAAGCGCACAAUGGACAUGCUGCAGAUGCAGUUUCAGUGCUGUGGCAAUGGAGGCUAUCGGGACUGGUUUCACAUACAGUGGAUCAGUAACCGUUACCUGGAUAUGACGAAUAGUGAAGUGGUGGAUCGACUACAGAGUAAUGUGGAGGGUAAAUAUCUGAUCGAUGGCGUGCCCUUCAGCUGCUGUAACAUACAUUCUUCUCGACCCUGCAUCCAACAUCAAAUCACCAACAACUCGGCGAACUAUAACUAUGACUACCAGACGGAAGAAUUGAACCUGAAUCGAAAGGGCUGCAGGCAUGCCCUUCUGGAUCACUACACAGACAUAAUGCAGUCCAUUGGUUUAAUUGUUCUCACCAUCUGGCUUUUCGAGGUGUCUGUGUUGACCGGAGUACGUUAUCUUCAGACGGCCAUGGAAAAUGUGUUGAGGUUUGGUGACCCUGACUCAGAAUCUGAUGGCUGGAUUCUGGAGAACAGCAUUGCUGACACAGCCCGUUAUAAUUUCAACAUCAUUAAGAACUUGGGCAAGUGUUACCAAGUGGACGAUGACCCCAAUAUUGAUGUACCAAGCACAAGUCAGCAACCACACGAGAACGUGCCUGCCAGUUAAAUACCAGCGAGCGGUGAGGUAGUACUAAAAGCAUGGAUAUUUACCCAGCCAAUAAUGGCAGCCUUGGAGAUCAAGCUCUGUACUGAAGCCUAACAUGACUCUUUACCUGAUGAACACAAAUAGGAAACAAAUGUAAACUGGAAUUUGUUGUAACUGUAAAACUAUGCUGAAAAGGUGAUCUCAGUUCGAAAGUUACUUCACAGCAAUGUAACCCUUGUGCCAUAAAAAGAGAAAUGAAAGAGCAUUUUAGGAAGCUGCAUGGGAAACAUGAACAUGAGGGGAUUUGUAUAAACUCAAGAUCCAAUCUCAAUCAGUUCAUCUCAUCCUGUAAAAUAUAAUUUGCAAUUCAGGGAUACAGUUCCGGUGACCAAUGACUUACAAAGUAAAUCGGGAUGAACAUGACAGUAACAGGACUUAACAAAAAGGUAAUGGAAGACAUACUUUUCUGUGCCUCUAUCCUGUAAUGAAAAUUAUUUUGAGCACCCUAAUAUCUCAAUGGCACAUUUAAAGAUUAUGUUCAAACAACAGGCCUGUGUCAUUAUCGAGAAGGCAUACUACAAAAAAAUGCCUUUUGUGGUCCAACAAGGAUCUUUUUCUUCUUUACUGUAUUUACACAUUUGUGAAAUGUAGUGCAGAUAUCAUUUUCUUGUUUUUAAUUUUCUUUCAACAAAAAGGCCUUUAAAAAGGUGUUGGGCUGGUGCUCUGAAGCCUUGUAGGACCAAAAUGCUUCCUGCAAAAUUGAUGUCUUACAUGUAACGAGCUUUGCCAUCAGAUUUUGUUCUGCUGUGUUUAUCAGCAUGUAUUAAAGGCUUUUUGUCAUGACAU